CGGCAACAACAACCCAGACGUGAACAACAACAAUGGCCAUAACACUCCAAGCCAAAAGUUGCUUGCCCGAACUAUUGGAAGGAAGACAAGCAACCCAUCCAGCAAUACUAGUACAUGUAGAAUCACAAUGGCAGCAGAGGUGAAUGGAAAGGUAGAAGACGUAGAAGGUUUUGCAUACGGUGAAUUCUUUUGCCAAACCGCUGAUGUUUGGUCGAUAUGUCACAAGAAGUCCUCACCCAAACACUGGAAAGCUUUUUGGCGGCGGGGCGAUGUUAAAAUGAAUAGGCAAGCUGAGGAAAAUGCUUACAUUGUAGACCAAUACACGAUCACUCGCAAUGCGAUGCGUGAAGGGAACUACCCUGCACCAUUGAAGAGCACAAGAUCAGAGAGUAUGGGCGGCAACAAGAGAAAAACUAUAUGGCCUGUGGACAUUGUUGGAAAUCCUUUUGACAAGUAUCAGGAGAUAGCGCACCUGCUUCCCGCUGGUAAACAAGCUCAUGAAGAGUGGUUUGGAGUUGCUGCGGCAGUAAUGGGUCUAUCUGAAACGACAAGCGUCUGCGAACAGCUCAUGGCCACCCGUGGAGUGAGGAAGGAAUAUACCGACGAUCAAGACGAUGAUGCUGAGGAUGGAAAACCAACGCCCGUGCACCUCCAGACCAACUACACAAAGAAGGCAAGCCGUCGUGCAGCAGCUGCUGCUUCUUCGAAGCAACCCGAAAAGGCGGAAAGUCGAAGCCGUGGGAGGCGUGGUGCCGCAGCUGCUUCGAAGCAACCCGAAAAGCCGAGAAAGAGUAGUUCACCCCCCGCCGGAAAGAAGAGAAGUCCGCUUGCCAGAGACACAAAAAAGAGAAAAGGCGACGGUCUUGCGGCCGCUGCACGCACCAAAAAAAAAGAAAGUGCUCAAGUUCAAUUUGAGGAAACUACCAUUUCUCAGGACAGCACCAGAAGUAGUCUCGCAAGAAAGCUACUAAUGGACCACACGGGCGUUAUACACUUCGUGUUCAAUAAGCUGCGCCUGCAACAACAAGGAAAAGUAACGGAUGGCACGACGCCGCUAUUGCUCAUUGUCCCCUGCAUGACUUUGCAGGAGGCCAAAGGCUGGAGGGGCGAAGGGUACAAGGCGCUGGUUUUGGCAGGCUUCCCUGAUGGUUUCACCAACAUCCCACAAGACUACUUAGAGGCCUCUGCGACUGUGGAUGCCAAGAAGCUUGCUUCUGAAGCCUUCAUGCAUGCGAAUAUGAACAAUAGGGAGUUCCGGCACAGAUACGAAAACAGCAUCAAAGUGAGCCCAGAAGAGAAGGCGAGCCACCUGGAGAAAGCACGUACGGGGUUGGAGCAAGCUGUGUUGGGCCUUACCGAGUACCUCAAGGGAAUGAAGAAGAGAGACUUGAAUGAUCUCCAGCAUGAAAAUCAAACAAAAUUGAAGGAGCGAAGCCAGUCACUCCCUGGUCAAGUGGCAGUUCCAAAAACUCGUGCUCCUUUGGACAAGCCUGUGUUAUUUGUGGAUUUUGGUAGCCUGGACCAAGCCGGCACUCAUCCAGCUCCUGAUCCGGUAUUGUUACUUUCCAAGGCUGCCAAUGUAUGGGGAACAAUGACUGGUUUUACCACACUUGCAAAUGGGCUGCCGGCGGAUGACGAGGACUGCGAGAGUAUGGAUGAGGCAGCAGAAGAAGACUUCUGUAGGAGCUUCCGCAAUAGCGCACCCCCCAUCCCAAAGGAGAUCUCUGUGGUUAGUCCGUAUCCCAUCGCGACGUAGUAGGCAAGUAGAAGACCCACAGAGAGAAACCAAUGUGGGGAACCGGGUGGUAAUGUAGACAUCCAACAUCAUAAGGAAUGAUACGGUAGGGGUUAACCUAAGGCAGCCGUCGCGUGAUUUGCGCGCUGUUGGGUUGAAUGGGUUAUCAGCGCACAGACAGCAUGCUUUUAUUGAGUAGUGUUCGCAACAGCAAAACAGAUGCAGUUGCCAUAUGCUUUUGGGGUUGAUAAACUCACUAGCUAGCUAUUAGAACGAUGUAUCUAUGCACAAAUCCUCCCUCUCACUAUCAUUGGGAGGAAUAUCUUUCACCCUUCUUCUAAAGAGGUGCAGUUCCAAGAUUGGGCUUCCCAAUGCGUUUUGCACAUUUUACACAACAGUUACUCAAAACACCCUCUCGUAGCUUUCUACGUAGUGCAAGCUAGCUAGCUAGCUGUGCAAGCUAAAGCGGCAAGGAUCGUAUAUCGUAUCUCCUUCACUUCGUUGCGGUUACCACAAGUGGUCUCGAACUUCCUACAGUACACCGCGCGAGCUCAUCCGAAGCAGAUCAAAUGUGCGACAAAAAAGGGGACCAAAGGACCCCCGUCCCCGAAUGGGCCGCACUGUUUUAGUGUAGGUUUUUUCUGCGUUGGCCCAUUUUCAAACUUCAAGUUUGCAUUUUUGUCUGUCCAUCGCUUUCUCAAGUCCCCCAGUGUCUUGAAAAUUGGAGAUAUCGUUACUGUAUGUAUCGAAAUCCAUAUUGAAACAAUGAGGAAGGACCAUGGGAGACCCGAGGGGGGUCAAGCGUAGCGCGUGAAGACAUGGAGCCAAAGAUGCACCGAGCAACUGUGCAUCUAGAGGCAUGUAUGUCGAAACUAUUAUUACCCCCUUCGGGUCCCCUUGGUCCCGUACUGUUUUUUCUAUAGUGAAACCUGAAAACGGGGGACCGGGGGACCGGCAUUAAAUGAAAUCAAGCUGAAGAGUUAACAACCGGUACUCAAAGCGCAGAUUGCUUGCGGUCCCCCUCGGUCCCCCUUUAUAUCCAGCCCAGCGGCGACUGAGCCUGUAUCUUGGACCAAGGGACCUUCCAAACUAGAAGCCAGCGCGGCGAUUGAGCGUACCCAAACUAGCUAGCUAGAAGCCAGCGCGGCG